AUGGCAACAGACAAUGAAUUAAAUUUAUGCUCAAUUUGCAGUAAACCUUCAGCUAAGUCAUUUUGUAUUGGAUGUAAAAACUACUUUUGUCGAAAAGAUUUCAAAGCACAUGAACAACAAUUAUCGAUUACGUUUGACAAUGAUAUAGUAAGAUCUCAUGAUGAGCUUCUUGAUCAAAUACAGAAAUUAGAAAAAUCAAAUUAUUCGUCAUUACAUCUUUUUGAUCAAAUUGAACAAUGGAAGCAAACAACAAUCAACAAAGUAAAAAAAGCAGCAGAAAAAGCUCAACAUGAACUUAUUCAAUUAAUCGAAAAUCAAAAAAUAACAAUAAUAAAACAAUUGGAACCAAUUACUAAGGAAGUUCGUUCUCUUCGAGAAGAAGAAAAUAUUGUUGAAACUGAUAUUGAUUGA